CACCCCACCCCCACACCGCCGUUGCUGAUAAUUCCGGCUUAACUCCGCCGCCAAAUUCCGGCUUCUUUUCUCAAAAUCAAACAUGCUCACAUCUCACACCUCCAUCUUCCAUCCAAAUUAACAAAAAAACACCCUUUACUUUUCUAAAUAUAGAUCAAUCAUCUCUUGUUUUGUGUCACAUAAUUUUAUUCAUUCAAUCUCCACAACUCUUCUAGCUAGGGUUUCAUUUUCCACCCUCACUUUCUCAAAUUCCCAAUAACAAAAAAAAGGGUUUUUCCACUUUUUCAAUAUCCGAAUUCAUCAAAAACUAUGGAAGAAUACAAUCAUCACCUCACCGAGACCUCCAAUUCAAGAGGCGCCGCCUUCUUCUACGGCGGCGGCUCCAACGGCGGCGGUGGAGGCUUCCACAUCCACUCUUGCUACGACUCCCCGGCCGUGAAGACCGAGGCCGGAACCUCCCACCCUAGGUUCCAAUAUCCGUCCACUUUCAAUAGUCUCGAUCCGAUCGAAACCGACACCAUCAAAGCCAAAAUAAUUGCGCAUCCCCAAUACUCCAAUCUAUUGGAGGCUUACAUGGAUUGUCAAAAGGUUGGGGCGCCAGCCGAGGUCGUGGCGCGGCUAGCGGCCGCGCGGGAGGAGUUUGAGGCGCGCCAGCGGGCGGCGGUGGCGAGCCGAGACGAGUACUCGAAGGAUCCGGAACUCGACCAAUUUAUGGAAGCUUACUAUGAUAUGUUGGUGAAAUAUCGAGAAGAGCUAAAUCGUCCCUUGCAAGAAGCCAUGGAUUUCAUGCGUCGCAUCGAAUCGCAGCUCAACGUCCUCACCAACGCCCCCGUCCGCAUCUUCAACUCCGUAGCUAUCUUCAGUGCGCAUACCGGGAAAAGCCCAACGUGUGAGAUUUACAAAGACAUUGAGGACAAGAGUGAGGGCAUCGGUUCGUCAGAGGAGGAGCAAGAGAUCAGCGCGGGAGAGACAGGGCUGGCGGAGAUCGAUCCACGAGCAGAAGACCGGGAGCUGAAAACCCACCUCCUAAAAAAGUACAGUGGAUACUUGAGUAGUCUCAAGCAAGAACUCUCCAAGAAGAAGAAGAAAGGGAAACUGCCUAAAGAGGCUCGCCAAAAACUUCUUAGCUGGUGGGAGCUUCAUUACAAGUGGCCUUAUCCAUCGGAAUCAGAGAAGGUGGCAUUGGCAGAAUCAACUGGUUUGGACCAAAAACAGAUAAAUAAUUGGUUCAUAAACCAAAGAAAAAGGCAUUGGAAGCCCUCAGAAGAUAUGCAAUUCAUGGUGAUGGAUGGACUUCAUCCACAAAAUGGAGCCCUCUAUAUGGAGGGCCACUACAUGCCUGAUGGUCCAUAUAGGCUCGGGCCGUGAUGCUACACAUGCCUCGCCCUAUGUAUACGACGUCGUUUUGGGUGAAGUGAGUUGUAAUAGUUUGCUAGCUCAACCUUAUAUAUAUAUAGUUGUAAGCUAUUGAUUGUGAGCAAUAACAUUAUGCAUGAAAUUAAGUUAAUUUGCUUUUGAUAUUGGAAAAAUAUAAAUUACUAUCAAUGUAAUGUUGUUACUGGUCUUCA